UUUCAGUCCAAAGGGGCUAGAAAUAAUCCAUCAUAUUUCUUUGAGUAGAUCAUCAUCUAUUUUCUUUCAAAACCAUUGUCUGUUUGGCAGAACUCUCAUCAUCAUCCGGUGAUUAAGUCUGUUUCUAUCAACAGUAUCCUAGCAACGAUACUUGACUCCUUACCAGUUCUUGCUCCAACAAAAGACCGUGAGUCGAGUAUUUAUCAACAAACCAAAUUAUGCGUUCAAACAAAAAGUGACUUUUAGCGAUGAAACGCAUUGUAAUUAAGCUUUCCAGUCCAUCUGAAGAGAACUUGUUCCACGAACGUGUCCGAGUUACGACACCCGACCGAGUUGCGCCAAUGAAGGAGUUAAAACUAGAGAAUGGCGAGUUUAAGAUCGCUGAUGAGGAACAUCGAGCCAUCAGCCCUACCAAGACAGAUAAUGAGCCGGCUAAAAUACAGACCACAAGCCGAAGGGUUUUUAACCACCGAAGAGAAAAAUAACGAGUUCAAUGAUCUGAAGAGCGAAGAAAACACGCCGGUGAUAUCGAAUGAAAUUGCAGACUUAACCCCGUUAAAAACAUACUGUAGGAACUGUGGCGAGAUGGUGGAAUUAAAUGAAUUGGAAUCUGAAUUGAACGCGACGCGGAAAGAAUUAGAAGCGAAGAAACUGGAGGUCGAAGAGAUCAAAACAAAACUAGAGGACGAGUUGUUUGAAAGAUUAGGGACCGAAGAUGAAUUUUGUAGUGAGCGAGAACUUCUUGAACAAGAGAUUGCGGAUCUAAGGGAAAGAAACCAAGUACUAGGAGGGGAAGCGGUCUGGAAAAUUGAAGAUCUGGAGAAUAAUUUCAGAGAACUGACAGAUAAAUACGAAAACGCGAAAGAGGAAAUCGGACAUCUAAAGGUCAUGUUAGAGAGAACAGUGGCUGAGAAUGCCAAGCUUCGGAAUAAGGAAAGUGUUACAGAUGAUAGAGUUAUGGAUAUAUUGGAUGAGUUGGAAAUGUGGAAGAGAAUUGCGCAAGAAAAUGCUGUAAGGCGGGAUACUUCAAGGAACAUUUUGGAGGAUGAGACGGAGUCUUACGAAAACGAAAUUAAAGAGUUGAAUGAAAAAUUAAUGGAAACGAAAAAAAGCAAUGAAGUACUAAGUCAUCGGGUUAGUGAACUUGAGGAUGAAUCCUGCGAUUGUGGGAAAAGAUAUAAUCGAGCAAGAAGCUGCGAACUUGAUGACAGCUUGAAUAGUGAUACCAUUCGUAGCAAAAUAAAAACUAAUGAAAUAUUGAAUCUAGAAAACGAAAAACAGAUUCUAGUCUUAUCGAGCGAGCUGAACGAAGUGUACAGAGAACAUAUCAGUUUUCAAGAGAGGUUUUCAGCACUGCAAGAACUUUUAACGACCAAGGAAAAAGAACUCGAGGAUGUUAGGAACGAUUAUGAAAGUCAAAAUAUUGAAAUCCAGAAUUACAAAGAAAAGAAUGCAGAAUUAAAAGAUGUUAUCUUAGCAACCUGCCAGGAUAAUGCACACCUUAAAAAUCGCCUGGAACAACAAUCUAGAGAUUAUACAGAGUUGAAGAAAAAGUUUAUUGUCGUAGAAACAGAAACAGUAUGGUUGAGAGAUGCUCUGAAAAUCGUUCGGCCUUCAACGUCCACACAGGACUAAAAUCUUGAACGAGAUUAUUAUUUUUAGACAAUGACGUCAGCUGGUCGAUUUAAAAGGCGGAACAAUGCUACAACAAAUACAUACUAUGAUACGAUUCUGUGUUUUGAAAAACUAUGAUUCAAAAACGGUGCCAGUAUGAAAAUAUUCCCAAGCAUUUGAAUGAGUAGUGUCUCGAUUUUUAUGCCUUUAAAAACAGGAAAUUGCUUUUAAAAUCGAGCACCAUUUCAGUAGACCAUCUUAGACGCGGUAUUAAUAUUCAUAAGCGCGGCAAGACUCUUAAUAGAAAAUAUACACUUUAAUGGAUAAUGCUGAAAGAUUUAUCAUCUAAAAUUGUAUCAAGCCACGGGCACCUAAAAGCUAUCAACUCAAAAUUCAUAUUGAAGUAAAACUUAAAUGAAAUAAAUAAAAAUAAAUUCAAA